UUCCGGCGGCGUCUCGGUGACCCGGCGCGGCCCGGCCCGGCCCGGAAGGCUCCGGCCUCGGGAGCAACGGCGGCUGCGUCAGCAGGGCCGCCCCCCCCUCUCCCCCCCCCGAGAAACAUGGACACCGCCGACGAAGCAGAUAUAUGCAGAGUGUGUCGGUCAGAAGGAACGCCUGAGAAACCACUUUACCAUCCAUGUGUCUGCACUGGCAGUAUUAAAUUUAUCCAUCAAGAAUGUUUAGUUCAGUGGCUGAAACAUAGCAGAAAAGAAUACUGUGAACUCUGCAAACACAGAUUUGCUUUCACACCAAUUUAUUCCCCAGAUAUGCCUUCCAGGCUUCCAAUCCAAGACAUUUUUGCUGGACUGGUAACAAGUAUUGGUACAGCAAUACGAUACUGGUUUCAUUAUACACUUGUGGCCUUUGCGUGGUUGGGAGUUGUACCUCUUACAGCAUGCCGCAUCUACAAGUGCUUAUUUACUGGCUCCGUGAGCUCACUACUGACACUGCCUUUGGACAUGCUUUCAACGGAAAAUUUACUGGCAGAUUGUUUGCAGGGUUGUUUUGUGGUGACCUGCACUCUUUGCGCCUUCAUCAGUCUUGUAUGGUUGCGAGAACAAAUAGUCCAUGGUGGAGCGCCACUGUGGUUGGAACAGAAUCAAGCUCAGCCUCUUAAUGGUGUUGGGCCACAGAAUGAGGCUCAAGGGGUAGGCAAUGGUGGUGUUGAAAAUAUUGCACUUGAUGAACCUGCUAAUCCUCCAGCCGAGAACGCAGUAGUAGGGGAAAACCCAGAAAUUCAAGAAGAGCAGGGUGAUGAAGAAGAGGAUGACAAUGAAGAUGAAGAAGAUGCCGUUGUUGAAGAUGCGGCAGAUGCUAAUAAUGGGGCACAAGAUGACAUGAACUGGAACGCUUUAGAAUGGGAUCGAGCUGCGGAAGAGCUUACGUGGGAGAGAAUGCUUGGACUGGAUGGAUCUCUAGUUUUUCUAGAGCACGUCUUCUGGGUAGUGUCUUUAAACACCCUGUUUAUUCUUGUCUUUGCAUUUUGUCCUUACCACAUUGGUCAUUUCUCUGUUGUUGGCUUGGGCUUUGAGGAAUAUGUCCAAGCGUCUCAUUUUGAAGGCCUAAUCACAACAAUAGUUGGCUAUGUACUUCUAGCAAUAACGUUAAUUAUUUGUCAUGGUUUGGCGGCUCUUGUAAAAUUUCAGCGAUCUCGUCGCUUACUAGGGGUCUGCUAUAUUGUCGUUAAGGUCUCUCUGUUAGUGGUAGUGGAAAUCGGAGUGUUUCCUCUCAUCUGUGGCUGGUGGCUUGAUAUAUGUUCCUUGGAAAUGUUUGAUGCUACUCUGAAAGACCGCGAGUUAAGCUUUCAGUCCGCUCCAGGGACCACAAUGUUUCUACAUUGGUUGGUGGGAAUGGUGUAUGUGUUCUACUUUGCCUCUUUCAUUCUCUUACUAAGAGAGGUGCUGAGACCUGGUGUUUUGUGGUUUCUAAGGAACUUAAAUGAUCCUGAUUUUAAUCCGGUCCAGGAAAUGAUUCACUUGCCCAUUUAUAGACAUCUGAGAAGAUUUAUUUUAUCUGUGAUUGUCUUUGGCUCGAUCGUCCUCCUUAUGCUCUGGCUUCCUAUACGAAUUAUUAAGAAUUUGCUGCCUAAUUUCCUUCCAUACAAUGUAAUGCUUUACAGUGAUGCUCCAGUGAGUGAACUGUCUCUCGAGCUGCUUCUGCUUCAGGUAGUGCUGCCGGCUUUACUCGAGCAGGGCCACACAAGACAGUGGCUGAAGGGUCUUGUCCGAGCCUGGACCGUUACUGCUGGAUACAUGCUGGAUCUUCAUUCUUAUUUGCUUGGAGACCAGGAAGAGAAUGAAAACACCGCAAACCAACAUCCUAACAAUAACCACCAUGCUCGUAAUAAUGCCAUUCCUGUGGUUGGGGAAGGUCUUCAUGCAGCACACCAAGCCAUACUACAGCAAGGAGGACCUGUGGGUUUUCAACCUUACCGUAGGCCUUUAAAAUUCCCACUCAGGAUAUUUCUGUUGAUUGUCUUCAUGUGUAUAACCUUACUGAUUGCCAGUCUCAUAUGCCUUACUCUUCCAGCCUUUUUAUUUUCAGUAUUUGCUGGCCGUUGGUUAAUGUCAUUUUGGACGGGGACAGCCAAAAUCCAUGAACUGUACACAGCUGCUUGUGGUCUUUAUGUCUGCUGGCUAACCAUAAGGGCAGUGACAGUACUAGUUGCUUGGAUGCCCCAGGGACGCAGAGUGAUCUUUCAGAAGGUUAAGGAAUGGUCCCUUAUGAUAAUGAAGACUUUGAUAGUUGCCGUACUUUUGGCUGGAGUAGUUCCACUUCUGCUCGGACUUCUAUUUGAAUUAGUAAUUGUUGCUCCUCUGAGAGUCCCUCUGGAUCAGACUCCUUUAUUUUACCCGUGGCAGGACUGGGCUCUUGGAGUUCUGCAUGCCAAAAUAAUUGCAGCCAUAACACUGAUGGGUCCUCAGUGGUGGUUGAAAACAGUAAUUGAACAAGUUUAUGCAAAUGGUAUUCGUAAUAUCGACCUCCAUUAUAUCAUUCGUAAACUGGCAGCACCAGUCAUCUCUGUACUCUUGCUUUCUCUUUGUGUACCUUACGUUAUCGCAUCUGGAAUUGUACCUUUACUAGGGGUUACAGCUGAAAUGCAGAACUUGGUGCAGCGCCGAAUCUAUCCUUUUCUCCUGAUGGUGGUGGUUUUGAUGGGAAUCCUGUCUUUCCAGGUCCGCCAGUUCAAGCGCCUUUACGAACAUAUUAAAAAUGACAAAUACCUUGUGGGGCAGCGGCUUGUGAAUUAUGAACGGAAAUCCGGUAAACAGAGCGCAUCAACUCCACCUCCACAGUCUUCACCGGAAUAAGAUGGUCAGCUUGACCUUUGCCUUUAUAUGUCCUGUUUCAUGGACUUCUUCCAUCUUUGGAUAUUUUUCCCAGUGAGCCUCUCAGCGAUGUUUUUACUUUUAAUUUCCGGGCUUAUAUUCUUAGCAUUCAGAUAGCAGUUAAGGUCCGGCUCCUCUAUCUGCAUUUUCUGAUGUUACCAUUGCUGCCUGAGGUUUGUAUAUGUGUAAAUAGAAGUACCCUGAUACCCUAAAACCUUGGAUUAAAAAGAAUGUGGAUUGUACAUCUUCAAACAAUGUAUAUUAAUUUAUUAAAUCUAGUUGUCACUUUAUUUUGGACCUGCUGUUCUAUUGAUAAGAAACAACGUGCCACAAAACAAGCUCAAAGGGGCAGUAUUUUUUUUAAUGAAAAUUGGAGCUCGUUUAAUGAUAUUCAAACAGUUCUUAUUAAAUAAAGCUUAUCGAUUCUUGACCUUGGGUGGAGAGGCCUUACCAAGAACAGAACAGAAAAGGAACAAGCAUAAAUCAUCGGUGAAGUGUGUGUGUGUGGUAAGAAAACGAACUGUGUGCUUCACUGUCCAACUUUUCAAAAGUUAUUUUGUAUAACACCAAAGCUGUUGUACAUUUUUCUACUGCCUGAUUUUUCUCAUGUGUCUUUGUAAUAUCUGUACAGUGUCUACUGCUGUAGGUCAGAAAAUGCCUUUUAAUCUCGAUAAUGUAGUAAAUAUCCUUAGAGAUCAACACUGAGGAAGUUCAGGUAUUUUGGCUUCUUUUCGUCUAAAGAAACUUUUAUUCUUAGCAAGAAGGAUAUUCACUGUUAAUGUGGUCUUUCUCCACUCACCUGCUUUUUUAAUUGAAGUGGUGACCCAAAGCACCUUAUAAUAAGGAAGCAGCAGCGUUGACCGCAAAAAUGAGCAAGCUUAAUGAAGUUAAUGUUUUGUGUAUUUUCUGGUAAGUAUAAACUUGGCCAAGGGCUUAAGUGAAAUACAUCGCAAAGGAGUAGUGGGAAGUUAUUCCUUCUGGCUAGCUGGUGACUGGAUAGGAACUAGAGAAUGCAUUUCUUCAUCUGUCAAUCAGUAAACUUCCCAAAUACCCAUAGCUUUAUAUUUAAGUGAGGCAGUGAAUAUUCCUAGUAGGAUUGAUUUGAUUUGUCCAAAGGCUAGCUCGCCGAGCUGGUCUUUUAUACAGGAGUACACAGUGUAUUUUAUUAGGAACAUGCUGUGAAAUGUCAGAACUGAAAGCUCGUGAACCUAGUUUUUCUUGUAACCAAAGCUACAAAUUAGAAAUCUUCCAGGGAAAAAUUGAUGGAUAUUGAUCUAUUUUAAGUGGAAUAUUGUGUGGAAUGAUAAAUGAGCCUAACCCCCCUCUUUGAAAGGGGCAGAACCAAUUUGGGAAUCCUGAAAAUGCCUAUAGCAUAUUUACAGCAUUUAUCUUCACAAACCACAAAGAGUCCACAUAGUAUUAAAAACCAUAGACUAAAAUUAAAGCCUACAAUUGUAAAAAAUACAACUCUAGUCAAACAGGUGCUAAGCCGGCUGUUUUUUCCCCAAGUAGCAAUUAUUUUAAAUUAUUAAAGUAUAAAAAAGGCUUUCAUUGGACAUAGUGUUAUUACAAUGGCCCCCUUUCAUUAGAAGAAAGAGAUUUCUUGAAAUUGGGAAGAGGCAAAUACUACAGAAAGAGCUAAACCGAAUUUCAAACGUAGUUUGAUCCUUGAGUGUUUUGUCUCGGCUUAAUCGCAUACUAGAGAAAAAUCACUUAGCGAUUUAUAUAGCAAACAUACUCUGGGGGAGACGAGGAGACGUACACUGCGUUUAUCUUAUGGAAUUGGAGCACAGUACUUAAAGCUCUGUUUUUUUAUGUUUCUAUAAUAAAUUUGAAAAUUAAUGUUAAGAAAUCCAACAUUAUGUGCAUUGGCAUUUAACAGUAGGAGUCUGGACAGUCCCCCCUGAGGUGUCAGUAAUUGAUAUUUUACCUUAUAGUGUAGGCAUUUUGGAUUAGGAUUUGCCAUUUGCUGUAAUUCUUUAAAAGCUAGUGGAAAAGUACAGCAUAGAGGAAAAUCACCCCAAAUCCCUUUUCCCUUUGGUUCAUUCAUGCAAAUUCAGAUCUGUUUUUUGUAGAGUUUGGGUUUCUUUUAAACCUUAGUUUCUUUUUGGUUUGAAUGCAAACUCUUUCUUUUAAUCCUUGAAUAUUUAACUCUUCCAGUAAUUUCAGAAACAGGUUUUGUAUUUACAGAGUUUACUGGUAAAGAUUUGUGUGGCAUCAAGGUUUCGUCCUUAUCAGUGGUAAAUACGUCAGUAAUAACUCCUAUAUUGCUAGCAUUUCUGCCCUUUUUGUAAUGUUUUCAUUUUACUGCAGUCUCCUACAGUUCCAAUUGUCUGAGGUCCCAGUCUUUAAAGAAUAUUAAGUAUUUACUAAGAGAAGUUCCUUUUGAUUUAUUUCUUUUUUCCUGCUAUUAUACACAAAAUCAGCAAAUCAAAAUUUGGGUCAGCUUUGUAUGAUGACUAGCCCUUUAACUUAAUCAUCAUUUGUGUGUAAUGUGUAGUUGGUUGUUACAGGUUGCAUUUUUAAGCCAUUAAGCUCUAUGGUUGUUACAUCACUCUGAGAGAGUAUUUAAGAACAAUGCCAAUAUGAAACUUGCUGAUAUAGCUAGCAUCCAAAAACCUCCAGAAGUAUUUUUUUUUCCCGUAAUAAGCACCUGGAGAAAAAGUGGAGGUAUCAUUGGACACGUUGAGUCCACAUGUAAAUGUAAAAUUUUUAUUUUAAAGUUUAAUACAAAUGUUAAAUAAUA